CCCUUCGCACCCUCCACUUCCAAACCCACAUACACAAUUCACUCACACUAGUACUUACUUACUCACUUACCCUCUCUCUAAAGAAACCCAACCAAACCAACAAAAAAUGCCUUCUUCAUCCACAAGCAUAAUUUCAAAAUGCACAAUCUAUCCAGACCAAAAAUCCACCCUCAAACCCUUACACCUCUCUGUCUCUGACCUCCCCAUGCUUUCUUGCCACUACAUCCAAAAGGGAGUCCUCCUCUCUUCUCCCCCUCAACCCUUUCAAGACCUCAUCGACUCCCUCAAGCUCUCUCUCUCCACCACACUCUCUCUCUUCCCCGCCCUUGCCGGCCGCUUCUCCACCGACUCCGCCGGCCAUGUUCACAUCGUUUGCAACGACGCCGGAGUUGAUUUUAUCCACGCCAAUGCCAAGCAUCUCACCCUCGCCACCCUCCUCUCGCCGCCAGCCAAUUUUCCCGAUGUCCAUCCUUCCUUCAAGGAGUUCUUUGCUUACGAUAUGACUAUUUCUUACUCUGGCCACCACCUUCCCCUCGCCGCCGUCCAGGUCACCGAGCUUGCCGAUGGCGUCUUCGUCGGCAUCACCGCCAACCACGCUGUCACCGACGGUACCUCCUUCUGGCACUUCUUCAACACAUUCGCCGCCGUCACCAAGGCUGCCGGCUCCGGCGCCAAAAAGAAGAUAGCGAAGACAUCCAGAGACUGAAAAAGCAAGCUAACAGUAACCGCCACAACAACGACGGUUGGAAAAACGCUGGAGUUAACGGUAACGUAAACUGUAAUGGAAACGGUAGGGUAGCGACUGUUAAUGUGAGGAACAACGACGAGAUCUCGUCGUUUCAAUCUUUAUCUGCUCAGCUUUGGCGAUCCGUGACACGUGCCAGGAAAUUAGACGCUUCGAAAACGUCGACGUUUAGGAUGGCCGUUAAUUGCCGUCACCGUUUGGAACCAAAGAUGGAUCCGUUUUACUUUGGGAACGCGAUUCAGAGCAUCCCAACGGUCGCAACGGUUGGGGAUAUUGUUUCCAACGAGGUCGGCUUUUGCGCCGAACUGCUGCACCGUAACGUCAUCGCGCACGAUGAUUCUACGGUGCGGCGUGGCAUAGAAGACUGGGAAAAGGCCCCGAGACUGUUCCCUCUCGGUAACUUCGACGGAGCCAUGAUUACUAUGGGGAGUUCGCCGCGUUUUCCAAUGUACGACAAUGAUUUCGGGUGGGGAAAGCCGUUGGCGAUUCGGAGCGGGAAGGCAAACAAGUUCGACGGCAAGAUCUCAGCGUUUCCCGGUAGGGAAGGAAACGGCAGCGUUGAUCUUGAAGUCGUUUUGGCACCAGAAACGAUGGUGGGACUUGAAAACGACAUGGAAUUUAUGCAGUACGUGACGUCAUUCGAAUAAGUGAUUUCUGCCGUUUUAAGACUAAGCGGAAUGAAACGCAGGGGACUCGGCGGUGAAAUUUUAGUAAACGACGGUGGAAAGGUUGAUAUGUAUCAAUGUAUGCAUAUAUUGAUCAGUAGACGACAAUAUUUGGGUGUCGUUUUGGUUGGUCAACGUUUUAGGAUGGGUGGGAUCAAAGUAUUGUAACUUUGUAAGGCAGUCUUUGGGUGGGUGUUUGGCCCUACCAGAUGUAAUGAUUUUUGUGUAAGUUGGUUUGUGGGCAGUUUUCUGUUUUCACUUUU